GUAAGUGUAACCCAUCUAGCUUCCCACUCUCUCUAGUCUAGUGUCUACUGACAGCCGAGCAGCAGCAUCAAUGGAUGAAACGACGGACGAGAUAGAUUCUCGAGCUCUUUUCUUUAUUUUAUAUAAGUAAAAUCUUACAUUAUUAUAUUACCAAGUUGUUCAUACUUCUCCAACGUUCCUUCAUUUUCUUCACCCGGUUCUCUUCUGCUCCUCUCUCUUCCAGCGUUCUUGUUUUUCAUUAUUUUAACCUUACCAUCUCUCUGCUGCUUAGUGCUUACUCCCGUAAUUUUCAAAUCUUACUGUUGUUUAUCCUUUCCCAAUUUCAUUUCCCUUUUGCAGUUAAUGACUGCAUGUCUGUUCUUAAACUUUGUCUGCUUUCGAGAUUCCCCACCCACCCAACCUGGGAUGCUGUUCUUUCUUGAGCUCUGUAACUCCACCACCAAGCUCUAGAACUCCAAUGUUUCUGGCUUGAAACAGAAAUCCCAAACCAUUCUUUUGCACCACAUCUGAUUUGAGUUUUCUUUCCUUUUCUUGAGCUAUCAUGCCAAGCUAAAUCCGGGGGAGGGACAGAAAGGGAAAGAAAGACUCGGCUAUCAACAGGCUGUUGCCUAUUUUUGCUACGCUGAUUCUCCAGAUCAGCUCGCUGUUGCCUCUUCACUUGGCAUCACUUUAUCCUUUUCUUUCCCAACUGGAUUUCAACUGCACUUCUGUAUUUGGGUGUUCCCUACUUUUUUCACAGCAACCUUAAAGCCCUCUCCUUUACCUUUCCUUUUCCAUUGUUGUUUUUGUUUCCAUCUUGACUUGGUUGAUAUCACUUUUUUUGCCUCACACCCAUUUGAGCAAUCCCCUUUUGGCAUCAAACCCAGUUUUCUGAUUUUGGCAACUCAACUGGGAUUUCUAUCUGUGCUUCUUUCUGUUUUUUGGGGAGAUGGGUUUGGUAUCGUUGCUUCUUAGGUUAGUUGCCCUUUUCUCAGUGUUAAGUGUGGGAAGUGGCAUAGGUGCUAACUGGGGCACACAAGCAACCCACCCGCUAAACCCUGAAAUAGUAGUGAAGCUGCUGAGGGAUAAUGGGAUCCAAAAGGUCAAGCUUUUUGAUGCAGAUUAUGAUACCCUUAGAGCCCUGGGGAAGUCUGGGAUUGAAGUCAUGGUUGGCAUCCCAAAUGAUAUGCUUGCUCCUCUGGCUGCCAAGAUGAAGAAUGCUGAGGAAUGGGUUUCCAAGAAUGUCUCCAAGCAUAUCACCACUGAUAAUGUCAACAUCAGUCUGCGUUUCAGAUACGUUGCUGUAGGAAACGAGCCCUUUCUGCAAACAUACAAUGGAACCUUCCUCAGCACGACCUUACCAGCCCUCCAGAACAUCCAAUCCGCACUCAUAAAAGCUGGGCUCAGCAGCCAAGUGAAGGUUACCGUCCCUAUGAACGCAGACGUCUACGAGAGCGCAAACAGCCUCCCAUCUGGCGGCGACUUCCGUCAGGACAUCCACGAAUACAUGCUCCCCAUCGUCAAGCUGUUGAGUGACACUGGCUCGCCAUUCACCGUCAACAUAUACCCUUUCAUAAGCCUCUACAUCGACUCCAACUUCCCCGCCGAGUACGCUUUCUUCGACGGCAAUGCGUCCCCAGUAAAUGACGGUGGAACAUACUACUACAACAUGUUGGACGCCAACCUCGACACUUUGGUCCACACCUUGCAGAAAAAUGGGUUCGGCAACAUGCCGAUUAUCAUCGGAGAGAUCGGGUGGCCAACUGAUGGCGAUCGGAAUGCCAAUAUGGAGUACGCUCGCCGGUUCAAUCAGGGCUUCAUGUCACGUAUAGCAGGUGGGAAAGGAACUCCAUUGAGGCCAGGGCCAAUUGACGCAUAUCUAUUCAGCUUGAUCGAUGAGGAUGCCAAGAGUAUUGAUCCGGGGAACUUUGAAAGGCACUGGGGGAUAUUUACGUACGAUGGACAGCCCAAGUAUCUGCUCAACCUCGGGACGACAAACUCUGGCCGGCUGCUUCCAGCGAGAGGCAUUCAGUACCAGGAGAACAAAUGGUGUGUGAUGAGGCCUAAUGCGAGGCUUGAUGAUCCUAGCGUGGCGGCAAGCGUUAGCUAUGCGUGUAGCCUUGCUGACUGCACUAAGCUAGGUUAUGGCACUUCAUGCGGGACUUUGGAUGGCAAGGGAAACAUUUCCUAUGCGUUCAACAGUUACUUCCAGAUCAACAAUCAACUAGACGAGGCCUGCAAGUUUCCGAAUCUGUCGAUGAUCGUGAAAACAAACCCUUCACAAGGAACUUGCAGGUUUGAUGUAAUGAUCCAGCCAUACUAUGGAGGUGCUGAUGGAAGGCUACCUAAACAACUGGGCUUAGUUGCUGCCUUUGCUCUCUUUUUGCUGACAUUUCUGUGAAGUUUAGAGGCUCCUACUUCCUAGAGCUAUUGGAUCAAUGAAUCGCCCCACGUGUUGAUAAGCAUUGGAUCAACAUGUGGUGAUGUUUUGUGAAUAACGCCUCAGGCAUUGGCCUGACGGCUGUAAAUGCAUCGGGGCUGGGGGUAUCUGACAGUUCAGUCCAUGCGGACUCACCCCUUGACUGCAGGAUUGUGGUUGCACCUGAAGUCUAAUUAGGCGGUGUGAAAGCUGGACGCCAGUGGAAGGGCUGCAUGGAAAAUGCUGGCUAUUGGAGCUAUAUCAUGCGUAGGGCUCAUGUUCAGUAGCAUCUUUAGCUGCUCCUUGCAUUGUGUGGCUUUAUGAGCAAGUUUUGAGCUGAUGAACAUACUUUGGUGCUCUACAUUUUUACAUUUGGCCCCGUGUUUGUCCUUCUUCAAUGGGAGGAUAUGUAGCUUCUCCAUGACAUUGCAGUAGUGUGGCUUAAUGACUUGUGAAUUUUUGUUUUGGCGAAGAUCAAUUGCACAGAUGAUUAACGAAAUCUACCCGGUUUGCAGUUGCA